UGGAAGGAAGACGGAGGUAGAAGAAGGGGACACUGAGCACAUGCACACCUCAAUCAGUACUACAUUUUCUCCGAUAUAAUCACGAAACUUAUCAUUGGCGUAUUGCAGACUACAACACUAGACACCAUUACGACAGCUUAUGUACGGCUACAGUAUGGAGUUUAUGAUUCUGUCCGCCCAGCUCUAUUUGCCCAAAUGUCUCACUCUGCAACUCCCUUGCGGUCCCCCUCCAUCUCCACCUCAGAAUACCACGUCCUUGUCGCACUGACCAGUGAAAUUGCUCCUGGUGCUACCGGUGUUGUGCACGGUGGCAUUCUUGACAUGGAGAUUGACCAUGCUCCCGCGUCCCUCCCAAUUGUCAUGAAGCUGGCUCUUAUUCCUGAGCAGACCCAGCAGUUGGAGCACGAGGAGCGUGUUUAUAACAUCCUCAAAUCUGCCGGUAUACCAAUUCCUAGGAUAUAUGGCCUUUUCUGGGAUUGUCAUGGAGAUGCCAGUGCCUUGUUGAUGUCCUACAGUGGCACAAGCAUUGAAAAGUCCGGACCUACUAAGUAGUCCGUUUCUUAUUGUGUGGUUGUAGAAACUCCUAGUAAUCUUCUC